AUGUCCGAAUCGGACGACGACAAACCUUUGAAGAGUUCCAAAAAGGAACCCAAGCCUGAGGAGGACGACGAUGAUGUCCCUCUAAAGAAAGCAAAGUCGUCCAAGAAGGAGAAUGUCCAGUCCCAGGUGAAGGAGGAGAACGCUCCGACGGCGAAGGAAUCCAAGAAGAAGAAGAAAACGAAGCGAAAGAGAGGUGACGACGAUGACGACGAUGACGACGAUGACGAAGAAGACUUCGAUACACGCAAGAAGAAAGCUCCCGCCAAGAAAGAGAAGUCGUCAAAGUCAAGCUCCAAGUCAGCAAAAACUGAUGGCAAGGGACAACCAAAAAAGCCCAAGAAGGAAGUGAAAGUUGAACCAGUCUAUGAGUGGUGGAAAGAUGAGCAGCCCCUUGCUCAGGGAAAGAAAUGGCGUUUCUUGGAGCACAAUGGUGUCAUUUUUCCUCCCAACUAUGAACCCCACGGAGUCAAAAUGAAGUACGAUGGUCAAAUCAUUUCGCUCACCCCAGAGCAGGAAGCUAUUGCAACUAUGUAUGCUGCCAUGAGCAGGACAGACUAUGCUGGCAAGGAUGUUUUCAAGAAGAAUUUUUGGAAGGAAUUCAGCGAGAAGUUGGGAAAAAAUCACGCGAUCAAAGAUUUGGAAAAUUGUGACUUCCAGCCCAUAGUCGAUCACUUGGACGCUGAGAGGGAGAAGAAAAAGGCGUUGACAAAGGAGGAAAAGCUGAAGAUCAAGCAAGCGAAGGAGAAGACUGAAGCACCCUACGUGACAGUCGUCCUUGAUUCUCACUUGGAGAAGAACGGAAACUUCAGGGUAGAGCCGGCUGGGCUGUUCCGAGGGAGAGGCGAACAUCCGAAGAUGGGGCAAGUCAAGGGUGUGAUCCAGCCUGAAGAUAUCACCAUGAACUGCUCUGAGGACGCUUGUCCUCCCCGCUGUUCCCUCCCCGGACAUGCAUGGCAGAGUCUUGUGCAUAAGGACGAGCAGACGUGGCUGGCGUUCUACAAGGACACGAUCAACGGAGAGUUCAAGUACGUGUUCCUUUCUGCUGGCUCCUCGCUCAAAGGCCAGUCUGACCGUGAGAAGUUUGAGAAAGCAAGAGAGCUGAAGAAGCACGUGGCGAGGAUAAGGCAGAGGAUCACACAAGGAUUGAAGUCUUCGGGUCUUGAGAUGCAGCAGAAUACCGCUCUAUGGUUGAUCGACAACUUGGCCAUUCGUGCAGGUAACGAGAAGGAUACGAACGAAGAGGCCGAUACCGUGGGUUGCUGCAGUCUCCGAGUGGAACAUAUCACAUUGGGUACGGACGAAGAGGGCCCGACGAUUUACUUCAACUUCCUGGGCAAAGACUCGAUCGAGUACAAGAACCUUGUUAAGUUGAGGCCUAAGGACGAGGAGAAAGCGAAGGAGGGGGAGGAAAAUCCUUGCGUGUCGUUUGUGCGAGAGGGAGAGGAGAAGAAUUUCAGGAGAGUUGUCGAGAACAUGCGAUCGUUGACGAGCAACAGCAAGAAGCCGUCUGACGAUGUCUUUGACCAGCUCAACACCUCGAGUUUGAAUACCUACCUCAAGGACCUGAUGCCUGGCCUGACAGCAAAAGUCUUCCGUACUUACAACGCGUCGUUCACUUUGGACCAGGAGCUCUACAAGUUGGAGGAUCACCCGGAAAAGUCGAGCUUCCUGCGCAACGACGCGACCCAGCUCAAGUUCUACAACGAUGCGAACUAUCAAGUUGCAAUCUUGUGUAAUCACUCGCGCGCUGUUAGUAAGACCUUCGACUCUCAAGUAGAGAAGAUGGACGAGAAGAUUAAAGGCUUGCAUGAAGAGUUGGCUGACUUGAAGAAGAAGAAGAAGUCUGCAGACAACAAAGAGCAGAUGAAAAAGAAGAUUGCAAAUCUUGAAGAAAGAAUCUCAAAGCAAGAAACGCAGAAACAGAUCAAACUCAAGCUUGCUGGCGUCGCUCUCAGCACUUCUAAGGUGAACUACCUCGAUCCAAGGAUCACUGUCGCCUGGUGCAAACGAUUUGGAAAUUUUCCUCUCAACAAGGUCUUCAACAAAUCUCUCAUCACAAAGUUCAAGUGGGCGAUCGACGAGGCAGACGAGGACUGGAGGUUUUGA